UGGGUUUGAUUUUUAUAAUUUGAUUGAAUUGAAUGAGGGAGUGAUUGUCGGCUGUAUUUUGGUUGACAUAACCUAUAAUUUUAGAUAAGUAUAUUUUAUGUAAUUUUACAAUAAAUAGGAUAUUAUGAAUUCGUUUAGAAUAAUAUGUUUCACAUUUUCACAGAAAAUGUAAUUUUAUUGUACGUAGAACCUUUAGUUCAACAAAUCCCAAUGUGAACCUUAUCUUAGGACUUGUACCCGUGAUACCAAGUGUUUCUGCCCAAAACGAAUUAAAAAGUGUUUCUGUUAAAAAUGAUACAGCGAAAUAUAAUGAAACGAAAAUUGAAAAUGUCACCCCUGAGGAUAUUGCAAUGCCUAAACCGAGUGAAAUCAUUGAAGUUCCUAAGGAAGAGGGUGAUGGAUGGGAUAGGUUAUGUGCUGUUUUUCAAAGAGAUGAAUUUGGUAACCACAGCAAGGAGAUGACAGCAACAAUACAGUCGACGUGUAUGGCAUGUUUCCUGGGUCUCUUAUAUGGUGGGAUCAACAGCUCUCGUGCAGCCUUCAUUGAUUUUAUGGAACGCAACCAAGACACCAUAUUUGAAAAUCAUAUAGAUGCAAAGAGAAGAUUGCAGAACCAUGUGUCUAUCCAUUUUGCUAAAGGAGGUUUUCACUGGGCUUGCAAGCUGUCAUUCUUUACUGGAGGCUUCAUGCUGUUCUUGACAAGUGUUCAAGCCUACAAAGGUCGGAGAAGUGUUGUAGAUUACGCAAGUGAGUGGUGCAAUGAUUGGAGCUCUAGUAAGGGUGAAAUUGGGAAGUACCCCGGCUUGGUCAUUGGAGGAUCAUUGGGCUGUUUGCUGGGCUUUUUCUGUGGACUGAUGACUACAACUUUUCUGACACUCACAGGCACAUCCUUCGAUGAAGUGUUGUCCUUUUCAAUACGAAUUAGACCAAAGCAGAAAGAAGUGAGGGCGUAA